GAAGAAGCCAUGGCUACAAUCAUUCUGGGCGCCCAAUGGGGAAAAUUGACCGACAUUCUUGCCCCCGAAGCGCAGCUUUGCGCGCGAGCUGCUGGCGGGCACAACGCGGGCCACUCCAUUGUUGCCAAUGGCGUGUCGUACAGCUUCCACUUGCUUCCUUCAGGCCUGGUCAACCCCAACUGCCUGAACCUCAUCGGCUCUGCGGUGGUCGCCCACAUUCCCUCUUUCUUCAAGGAGCUUGAGGAGCUUGAGCGCAAAGGACUCUCCAACGUCCAUGAGCGAAUCUUCAUAAGCGAUCGAGUUCACAUAGAUCUGGAUCUCCAUGUUGCCGUCGACGGACUCGAGGAAUUGGAACUCGGAGAUCGCAAGGUCGGAACGACAGGCCGAGGAAUUGGCCCGUGCUACAGCACAAAAGCUGCGCGAAGUGGAAUCCGACUGGCCGAAGUCUUCAACGAGCAGGUCUUCGAGCAGAAGCUCCGACGACUUGCGGCAGGCUUCCAGAAGCGAUACGGCGACCUGCUCAAAUACGAUGUUGAGGAGGAGAUUGCCCGCUUCAAGGAGUACCGUCCCAAGCUUGCCAAGUACACUGUCGAUGCCAUUGCUUUCAUGAAGCAGGCACAGGAGAAGAACAUGAAGAUCCUUUGCGAAGGAGCAAAUGCUCUCAUGCUGGAUCUUGACUGGGGUUCAUACCCCUACGUCACUAGCAGCUCUACUGGCAUCGGCGGCAUGGUCACUGGACUUGCUCUCGACAUCAGGAAGAUCGGUGAGGUUAUCGGCGUGGUCAAGGCCUAUACCACCCGUGUAGGCUCUGGAGCUUUCAAGACCGAGGACCUCGGAGAAAUCGGCAACGAGCUGCAGCAACGAGGCCGCGAAUGGGGAACUUCCACUGGUCGAACUCGUCGAUGCGGAUGGUUAUACACCACGGACGUCAACCACUACACGGCGCUUAACCUCACAAAGCUCGAUGUUUUGGACACCUUCCGUACAAUCAAGAUCGCUAUUGCGUACAAGGACCCCGAGACCGGCGAGGAACUCGAGUCGUAUCCCGCAUCCCUGGACAUCCUCGACCGCGCCGAGGUCGUCUACCACGAGAUGCCUGGUUGGAACACGUCGACUACCAACGCAAAGACCUGGGAGGAUCUUCCCAAGGAAGCCCAAGACUACAUCUUGUACAUUGAGAAGUUUGUUGGUGUCAAGAUCAAGUGGGUCGGUACUGGCCCAGACCGCGAGGCCAUGAUCACCCGAUUCUAG